UAUGAUGUAAUAUCUACUUGGUUUGUUUUUUUUUUUUUGUUAUCCUGUCAAGAUGGUGGACAUGCAUAUUGGUAAAAAAGCAAUUGCAAAAUAAGGAAAAAAUUGUUUUAUUAGUAGAUGAGCCUCUUGCAAAAUAAUAAGGUGGCGUUUACAAAGGCAGCCACAUUUAAUGUGACCUAGAGUUUAACCCGCACGCAUGUACAUAUAUUUUUUAUUUUAUAAAUAUAUAACUUUGAUAUUAUCAUAAAAAGUACAAAUAUAUGAUUUAAAUUUAGUGUUAUCUAUACUAUAUUAAAAGGGUUAUAUGAGCAUCUGUCCACAUAGGACAAUUAAAUCAGCCAAUCAGGUGGCUUCUUUACGACACGUCAGACACGGUUUGACCAAAGGCGAUCCUCGACCCCUUUUCUUUUCGUCUUCUCCGUCAUCUUCGUUUCGUGAGAUCGCCGAUCUGGCUUACUAGCAAUCAAUCCCCUCCUCUGCAAUCAAUCCCCUCACCAUUUCUAUACACUAUUUAAUCUCAUUAAUGGAACCUUUUGAGCUUUCCCAAUCUGAGAUUCUAUAUAGAUCUCGCACUCCACCUCUUAUCUUCACUAAAACUUAUUCCCUCCUCACGUCAGCCAGUUGCCUUCUUUCUUACUCUCACGCGCCUCCUCUAGCGAACGAGCGAACUAAUCUCCAGUCAUCGGAGAAGGAAUCCAAGGCGAAACGCCGCUAUUUGGAGAAGGAUAAAGGACAGAGCUCGAUUGAGAGGAUCGUUCUCCGUCUACGGAACUUAGGAUUAGCAGCUUCUGACGACGACGAGGAGGACGAUGCGGAGGAUAACGAGGAGGAGGAUGUGAAGAAGCCGGUGACUGAAGAAGAGAGGUUAGGCGAUUUGCUGAAGAGAGAGUGGGUGAGGCCUGAUGUGAUACUCGCUGAGGGAGAAGAGAGUGAUGAUGAGGAGGACGAUGAUGUGUUGUUGCCAUAGGAGAAGAACAAGGAAGAACAGGCGGCAGAGAGUAAUGAAGGAGAUGGAGGAUUGUCGGCGGUGAAGAAGAGGAGAGCUAGAGCUUCGUCGUUGUCGGAGCUUACGAUUGAGGAUUUUGGGCUACGGAGGCUGAGGAGAGACGGGAUGUAUCUGAGGGUGAGGAUUAAUAUACCUAAAGCUGGCCUCACGCAGGCGGUGAUGGAGAAGAUUCAUGAUACUUGGAGGAAAGAGGAGCUAGUGAGGCUUAAGUUCCAUGAGGUGCUUGCUCGUGAUAUGAAGACCGGCUCAUGAGAUUGUUGAGCGUCGAACUGGUGGAAUGGUGAUAUGGAGAGCAGGAAGUGUAAUGGUGGUUUACCGUGGACGUGACUAUCAAGGACCUUCUGCAGUCUUUAAUCAAAUGGCCAGACCUGAAGAACACUAUCAAGGACCUUCAGCAGGAAGUGUGCUGGUGUAUUCUUAUGUAACAGUAGAUGAUUUGAUGCGUUUCUUUAGUGUCAUUUCAUGAUAUCUUUAGAUAUGAAGAUAGGUUGGUUGAUGUUCUUGAAAACAUGGCGUUUUAAGGUGUAUUGGUUUGAGUUUUUGCAGCUGAUGAGAGAAGAUGAGGCAACCCUUGGUAAAAUAACUAAGCCUAGGCGUCCCAAGACUGUUGUUCUGUGUCCCACCAGAGAACUCUCUGAGCAGGAUGACCAUAACACUGGAGAUCAUGAGGCAUAUGCCUGAGCAUCCCAACGUUGUUACCUUGAGGGAGACUUAUGAGGAUGAGCAUGCUGUGCAUUUGGGUAUGGAGCUUUGUGAAGGUGUUGAGUUGUUUGAUAGGAAUGUGGCGAGAGGGCAUUACACUGAGAGAGCUGCUGCUGUUGUCACUAAGACCAUCAUGGCAGUUGUUCAGGGAUGAGCUGGGUCGCUUUGUUUCUAAUAAAGGCAAUGAAUCGGUUCUCAAGAACUUUUGGCAUCAUACAGAUGCUAUCAUCUGCUGCUCAAUGAAGGCCAUGCCAGUCUUCAUAUUUGCAAACCAGGCGGGGCUAGACAUGCUUGAGACAACAUUGGUUUCUCUUCAAGAUAUCUCUUUAGAGAAGAUAUUUGAUGACAAUGGAAGGAAGACUCUCUGCUCUGAGUUCCCACAGAUCAUGCAACAGGGCUUUGCGAGUCUUCAAGGUGGGAUAUGUCUAUCAAGCAUGGGGAGACCAGUUUCAUACGAGAGAGCAGUUGCUUGGAAAGUACUCAAUGAAGAAGAGAAUGCUCAUUGUAUCUGCUUUGUGUUCAUCAACUGGUCCUUUGUUUGAUACUUCAAAAAUAAUCGGUUUUAAAGAUUUCUAAUUCAUGUAAUAUUAAAAAUUCAAAAUUUGUUUAUUACAGUUAAUAUUUUACCAUUAGAUAUAUUAAAAUAAUAUUCUAGAUCGA